CAUCAUUCGAUACUGCGCCAUACAGAAAUGAUCCUAUUGCAUGUUAGCUCAGAGGAGACACUGUAAAUACAUGUGUUCAUGAUUCAUUUACACAGAUUAUUAUUUUAUAAUUUAAUUCAACUGGUGCUGAAUUCAACUGGCCUGCACUGAAAGAGCAUGCAGAUCAUUCUUACCAGAGCCCACCUGUGUGUCUAGAGGCCAGUCAAUGGAGCCACCAGAAUUAGAAGAUGGAGGUGCUUCUGCACCAUGUUCAGUAGAGACAGAGAGAUCAGACCCACCAGAACCCAGCCAUGUGUCCAUAAAGAGAAGACGCUCAAUAGAUGUUCCAAUAUUCUUUAAAAAUGAAGACAGCUCUAAAUAUUUACAUGCUGAAGUCCACAACAUCCUUAAAGAAAAUCUCAGGGAAAAGUUUCAGUGUUUAUAUGAGGGAAUAGCAAAGCAGGGAAACCCAACACUCCUCAAUGAGAUCUACACUGAUCUCUACAUCACAGAAAGUGGAAGUGGAGAGAUCAGUAAUGAACAUGAGAGCAGAUGGAUUGAAAAAGCAUUCAGAAGAGCAGAAACAGAGGACACACCAAUCAAAUGCAACAAUAUCUUCACUCCGUUAGUGGGACAAGACAAGCAUAUUCAAAAAGUACUGACAAAGGGAGUGGCUGGCAUUGGAAAAACAGUUUGUGUGCAGAAGUUCAUUAUGGAUUGGGCAGAAGGAAAAGCAAAUCAGGACAUCUACUUCAUAUUUCCACUUCCUUUUAGAGAGCUUAAUUUGAUUAGAAAUCAAAAGGUCAAUAUUACAAGCCUUCUUCAGAUGUUUUUCACAGAAGCAAAAGAAAUUGACAUGUCUAGAACUGAACAUAAAAUGCUUUUCAUCUUUGAUGGUUUGGAUGAGUGCCGUCUAUCUCUAGAUUUUCAGAAUAAUGUGAGCUUGGUUGAUGUAAAUGCAUCAGCUUCAGUGGACGUACUGCUGACAAACCUCAUCAAGGGGAAUCUGCUUCCCUCUGCUCUCAUCUGGAUCACCUCCAGACCAGCAGCAGCUGAACUCAUCCCCUCUGAGUGUGUUGAUCGAGUGACAGAGGUACGAGGCUUCAAUGACCCACAAAAGGAGGAAUACUUCAGGAAGAGGAUCAGUGAUCAGAUCUUUUCCAAUAAAAUCAUCACACACCUGAAGUCAUCAAGGAGCCUCUACAUCAUGUGUCAUAUACCAGUGUUCUGCUGGAUUUCAGCCACUGUUCUAGAGAGCAUGUUGAGAGCAGAGAGUGGAGACAUCCCCAAGAAUCUUACUCAAAUGUACACACACUUCCUGAUCAUUCAGAUAAACAUUAAAAAUGAGAAAGACUAUGAGAUGAAAGAGAAAGAUGAAGACAUUAUUCUGAAACUGGGGAAACUGGCUUUUCAGCAGCUUAUGAAAGGCAAUCUGAUCUUCUAUGAGGAUGACCUGAGAGAGUGUGGCAUAGAUGAAAAAGACGCAUCUGUUUAUUCAGGAUUGUGCACUCAGAUCUUUAAACAGGAACUUGGAGUGCACCAGAGAAAAAUGUACUGCUUUGUUCAUCUGAGCAUUCAGGAACAUAUAGCAGCCUUGUAUGUGUUAUAUUCAUUCAGUUUGAAAAAUGUAGACAUUCUCAGUGAAUACCAAACAAGCCAGAACACACCAUGCUUCACAGUUUCAAAAAUCUUUGAGAGAGCAGUGGAAGAAUCUUUACAAAGUAAAAAUGGCCAUCUAGACCUCUUCAUUCGCUUCCUUCUAGGUCUCUCGUUGGAGUCCAAUCAGUCUCUUUUUCAAUGCUUACUAACACAGACAGGAGGAAAGUCCUACAACAAGGAAGAAAUUAUCCAGCACAUCAAGAGGAGGAUUAGAGAGAAUCUUUCCCCUGAGAAAUCCAUCAAUCUGUUCCAUUGUCUGAAUGAACUGGGUGACCACACUCUUGAAACUGAAAUUCAAGACUACCUGAAAGCUGGAACGAUAAAAGAUGCCAAUCUCUCACCUUCACAGUGGUCAGCGCUGGUUUUUGUGUUGCUUACCUCAGAGCAUCUGGAUGAUUUUGAAUUAAAGAAAUUCAUUAGGGAUGAGCUCAACCAAACACACAUCACACAGGAUCAAGUUCUCCUGAAUCUACUGCCUGUGGUUAAAGCAUCAAGAUCAGCUCAACUUGGUUGUUGUGGUCUGACAGUGAAAUCUUGUGCCUACCUGGCUUCAGCUCUCAGCUCUGAGUACUCUUGUUUGAAAGAACUUAACUUAAACAGGAAUCAUCUGCUGAAUUCAGGAGUGAUGUUGCUUUCUGCUGGACUGGGAAAUCCACACUGCAAACUGAAAACACUGUGUUUGUGGUAUUGUGGUGUCACAGAUGAAGGAUGUGCUGCUCUUGCUUCAGCUCUUAAAUCAAAUCCUUCACAUCUGACUGAAUUGGAUCUGUCUGAAAAUGACUUGGGAGAUUCAGGAGUGAAGAUGCUCUCUGCUGAACUGGAGAAUCCUCUCUGUAAACUGGAGUCACUUAAGCUGAGAUUG